UUGAUAUCUAUAGUUGUUAUUGUAUGAGCAGGUGGAGCAACAGGCGUGACCCGUCUCCAAAACAAGCGCACCCAACUGCCCGCGAUGACGUCACGCCGUCUCGUCGCCUCUCUGUUUGUUAUGUGUUUUUUAAGGAGCAGCUGCUAACUGCUAGCAUUGAGCCUCGUCUUUAAACAUGCUUUGAAUACACAUAAACAGCUGGCAGGACAGAGAUGGCAGUGUGUGCACUGACCAUGCUGGACGGGAUGGAGACUGAGGUGAUGGUGGCAGGCGGGGUGUUGCUCCUGGUCCUGGCCCUCGUCUUCGCUUGGCUCUCGACUCACGUGGCCGACCGGGGCGACCACAUCCUGGGCACCAUCCUCACCGUGGGGGCUCACGCCUCCCUGAUCGGACUGGGGGGCCACGAGAGCUACAGCGGAGGGUCUCCCAGCACAGACACCCCAGAGCAGCAGACUCCCCCGGCCUCUCAGGAGAACAAGCCGGACGACGGGGAGUCGGGGACCGAGAGAGGAGAGGGGGAGGGGACGGGGGAGGGAGCUGAGGGGGUGAGGGCUGAUCUCCUGCUGGACAUACAGAGCAAGCAACCCCAGGCUGGAAGACUGCACACUUCAGAUGACGAGGAUGAUGACGAUGAUGAGGAUGAGGAUGAUAAUGAGGGGCAGGAGGAAAUAAAAAAAAUUACAGACCAUAUUCCAGUGUUGUCCAGCACCGUCUCCCCCUCCCCCACCACGGCCACCUCCAUCUCUGUCCGCCUAAAGUUUUUAAACGACACAGAGGAGUUAGCUGUUGUCGAACCGCAGGAUACAGUGGGAGUGCUGAAAAGCAAAUACUUCUCAGGUCGAGAGCAUCAAAUCAAACUUAUCUACCAAGGCCAGCUGCUGCAGGAUCCCAAGAAGACCCUGUUUUCCCUAAACAUCUCACAGAACAGCGUGAUCCACUGCCACAUCUCCCAGGCCAUGCACGAGGACCCUCCAGAGGAAGGGGCUCAGCCUGGGGCGGGAGCUGGGUCCGGGGUCUCGGGGGGAUUCAGGGCUGCUGGAGUAGCCAUAAGCACCAGCAGCCUGGUAGUGCCCGUGUUCGUGGUGAUACUGGCCGUGGUGUGGUACUUCCGCAUCAACUACAGGCAGUUCUUCACGGCGCCCGCGACCAUCUCCCUCGUGGGAGUCACUGUGUUCUUCAGCUUUCUGAUAUUUGGGAUGCACAGCCGCUGAACAGACCGGGAGAAAGCACACACACUUACAGCUGAAUGUUGUGAGUAGAAUACAAAUAACUAUAGCAGGGGGCGGCACCUGGAGAGACGGACUAAUCCAAAUGGGCUCAGUGCAGAUCCAACAGCUGAUUGGAUCCCUGCAGUGUGUGAGUGAAUGAUAGUGUGUGGGUGGCUAGGUGAGCCUGUUUGUGCAUGUACCAAGAUGAAACAGCAGAUGAGUGAUUGUACAGUAUAUGUGGAGUAAAUAAUAAUCUGCAGUGAGUGAAGAACUCCUCUCCAAACAUGACUUAGUGGUGCACACCAUGUCGUAAACACUCAUGGCUUUAUCUUGUCCGCUCUUUUAUUGUUGCUAAAGAUUCAAGAUGCUAUUUUGUCCGUGUUUGUUUUUUAGGCCACUGUUUGUGUAGAAAAAUAGUAUAAUUCUACUAAUAGAUGCAAGACUCUAAUACUCUUUGGAACCACUCACUGUUGUGCUGUGUGUGCCAGUUUUACUACCAAUAUAUUGUGUUAUUUGAACUGCAAAUAUGGACGGGCUGAAAAUGUAAGAUCUUUUUUUUGCUGAAAAACUGUCGCUUUAGAAAUAGGCUAAUUUAAAUAAUCACUAGACAUGGAAAUAGACACUUUUUGAGAUGAUAUUGUAAAUAUAUUGUGUAUUUUCUGUAAAUAAAAUGAUAGAAUGAAUCAGAUGAACCUGCAUCUGGCACUUAAAGAUUUGGAGGAACCCUCCUGAUUAUGCUGGACUGCGCUGGCUUCAGUGAUGUCUCAAAUUAAAGCAUUUCAAACCAAA